AUGACUUCUCAACAAAAGAGAAAGUUCUUCUCUGAGAUACGUCAUUAUUUUUGGGAAGAUCCAUAUUUGUUUAGAAUGUGUGCAGAUGGAAUGAUCAGGAGAUGUGUUGCCGGUGCUGAAACCCGGGAAAUUUUGGAUGCAUGCCACCAUGGCCCUACCGGUGGUCAUUAUGGACCGUCUGUGACCAGUAAAAAAGCCGUUGAUUAUGUGUACAAAUGGGACGAGGCUAAAGCCCUUCCGACUAAUGAUGCUAAAGUUAUUGAUUUUUUGAAAAAGUUGUUUAGUCGAUUUGGUAUACCAAAGGCCUUAAUUAGUGAUCGCGGGACCCAUUUCGCGAAUCAUCAGCUUGCUAAGGUUUUAAAGAGGUAUAGGGUGACCCAUAGGUUCUCCACCUCUUAUCACCCUCAAACAAGCGACCAAGUGGAAAACACGAAUAAGGCUUUGAAAAGGAUUCUUGAAAAGACCGUGCAUGAUAACCCAAAGAUUUGGGCCAAGAGGCUUGAUGAUGCCUUGUUUUUGCAGUUGCACGAGUUGGAUGAAAUGAGGUUGCAAGCUUAUGACAACUCCAUGCUAUACAAGGAGUGUACAAAAGCUUGGCAUGAUAGUAAGAUCAAGAGAAAGGAGUUUAAAGUCGGUGACAAGGUGCUUUUGUUCCAAUCUAAGUACAAACUUAAAGCACCGAAGCUCAAGUCAAGAUGGAUAGGGCCGUAUGUGGUGAAAAAGAGUUAUUCAUCUAGAUAUAUGGAGUUGAUUGGCAAUGAUGAGACCUUUAUCGUGAAUGGACACCGUUUGAAGCAUUACUAUGAGGAAAAUGAAGAAAAUGCGGAAGUGUUCAAAAUUGGCUUUUAUGCCAUCAACAAGUGA